UGAGCUCCGAGGCACCCGUACCUCGGACUCUCAGGGGCAAACGACGGAAGUGGUCGCCUGGCGCCGCUCCCUCUCCCGAAAUCCAAACUUUUUUGGCUCCACCACUGUUGUCUGCAAACCGCUGGAGGUCCGAGAGCAUGGAGGUAGCGCGCUCGCCCCCUACAGCAGGGAAGUUUGUGGUGGUCGGCGGUGGCAUCGCGGGCGUUACCUGUGCGGAGCAGUUGGCAAUUGACUUUCCAUCAGAAGAUAUUCUCCUGAUAACAGCUUCUCCUGUUAUUAAAGCGGUUACAAAUUUCAAGCAGGUUUCUAAAGUAUUAGAAGAAUUCGAUGUGGAAGAACAACCAAGUACCAUGUUAGAAAAUCGCUUUCCCAACAUUAAGGUUAUAGAAUCUGGAGUAAAGCAACUGAAGAGUGAACAACGUUGCAUUUUAACUGAAGAUGGAAAUCAGCAUGUUUAUAAGAAACUGUGUCUGUGUGCUGGAGCUAAACCAAAAUUGAUAUGUGAAGGAAAUCCUUAUGUAUUAGGAAUCCGUGAUACAGACAGUGCUCAGGAAUUUCAGAAACAGCUAACUCAGGCAAAGAGAAUAAUGAUCAUAGGGAAUGGUGGUAUCGCACUUGAAUUAGUGUAUGAAAUCGAAGGCUGUGAAGUAAUUUGGGUCAUUAAAGAUAAAGCUAUUGGGAAUACUUUCUUCGAUGCAGGAGCAGCUGAAUUCUUGACUUCAAAGCUCAUUGAUGAAAAAUCAGAGGCUAAAAUUGCACAAAAAAGAACCAGAUAUACAACUGAAGGAAGGAAAAAGGAAGCACAGACCAAAGCUCAUGCUGGUAAUAUAGGCAGUGCCUUGGGACCAGAUUGGCAUGAAGGAUUGGAUCUUAAAGGAACAAAAGAGUUUUCUCAUAAGAUUCACAUUGAAACUAUGUGUGAAGUAAAGAACAUCUACCUUCAGGAAGAAUUUAGAAUUUCUGAGAAAAAGUCCUUGAUUUUUCCAAAAGACCAUCAUAAUCAGUCAGUGACAACUGACAAAGAGAUAUGGCCUGUAUAUGUGGAACUGACCAAUGAAAAGAUAUAUGGCUGUGAUUUCAUUGUCAGUGCUACAGGAGUUACACCAAAUACAGAACCUUUUCUUUGUGGCAACAAUUUUGAUGUAGGAGACGAUGGUGGCCUGAAAGUGGAUGAUCAUAUGCACACGUCCCUUCCUGACAUCUAUGCUGCAGGUGACAUCUGCACGGCAUCAUGGCAGCCCAGCCCAGUCUGGCAGCAGAUGCGGCUGUGGACCCAGGCCAGACAGAUGGGGUGGUAUGCAGCGAAAUGCAUGGCCGCAGCUAGUGUAGGGGAGUCUAUUGACAUGGAUUUCAGCUUUGAGCUUUUUGCUCAUGUAACAAAAUUUUUUAACUAUAAGGUUGUAUUGCUGGGAAAAUACAAUGCCCAGGGCUUAGGGCCAGAUCAUGAAUUAUUACUAAGGUGUACCAAAGGACAAGAGUACAUCAAAGCCGUCCUGCAGAACGGGAGAAUGAUGGGAGCUGUCUUAAUUGGUGAAACUGAUUUAGAAGAAACAUUUGAAAACUUAAUUUUAAACCAGAUGAAUCUUUCAGCAUAUGGAGAAGAUCUACUAGAUCCAAACAUUGAUAUAGAAGAUUAUUUUGACUAAGAAGAGCAUUUCGAGAGCCACAUCAGGUUCCAAAUCAGACACAAAAGUCAUACGUCAAUAAAGUAAAUGACUGCACUAAUUUAACGAUGACCAUCUGAAGUUAAAAAUACUGAAAUACAAGGAUCUAAAAAAUAAAAUCCUGAAGAUGAAAUCAGUUCAAAUACUUUAUUUACACAUUUUUUUCUAACACAAAAUUAACCAUGAAUUAUGUGAAGAAUUAAUUUCUGUGUUUUAAACUUAGAGACGUUCAUCUCUAAUUUACCUUUAGAGCAAAUUUAACUAGCUUAUUGUCUACUUAGUCAACAAUGUGGUCUGGUUAGUAUAUUAUAGCCAUUCCUUAAUUUUGAAAUGUCAAAGUAGGGCUGUGGUUUGAAGCUUACAGGUUUGGGGGUUAUUUUUGGGCUGCACUCAACAGCAUGACGAAGUUCAUAGACCAGGGAUUGAACCUGAACCACAGCAAUGACAAUGGAUUUUCUUUAACUUUUUUUUUUUUUGUCUUUUCUAGGGCCACACCAGCGGCAUAUGAAGGUUCCCAGGCUAGGGGUCAAAUUGGAUCUCUAGCAGCCAGGGAUCAAACCUGCAACCUCAUGGUUCCUAGUCAGAUUCAUUAGCCACUGAGCCAUGACGGGAACUCCUUUCUUUAACUUUCUUACAGAUUUAUUUUACUUAAAUACAAGUUCUUACCUGCUGAUAUUAUUUGUAUUGAUACUUUAUCCUUUUUUAUUUGGAGUCUACAACUAUUCUAUUUUUUUUUUUUUUUUCGCUAUUUUAGGGCCACCCUCAGGGCACAUGGAGGUUCCCAGGCUAGGGGUCAAAUCAGCUACAGCUACUGGCCUACACCGCAGCCCCAGCAACUCGGGAUCCGAGCCAUGUCUGUGACCUACAGGCAACCCUGGAUCCUUAACCCACUGAGUGAGGCCAGGGAUCGAACCUUCAUCGUCAUGGAUCCUAGUUUGGUUCAUUAACCGCCAAGCCAUGAAGGGAAUUCCCUACAGCUAUUAUAACCUGAAAUCAUUUACUUGCUGUGAUGAGCCUGUGUAAAAUAUUCUGUAUAAAUAACAUCGGAAGUCAGUUAUGUCAAAAGAAAAAAAUACAGCUAGUUAUGACAAGGCAUAAAGAGCUUAAGAGAGUUAUAUGAACUUAUUCUCUUAACUAUUUUACAUUUAAAGGGUUUUUUUGUUUUGAGGGGGAGACUAUAUUCAAUAACCCCCACUUUUUUUGGCUGUGCCUGAGGCAUGCAGAUGUUCCUAGGCCAAAGAUUAAACCUGCACCACAGUGGUGACAAUGACAGAUCCUUAACCUACUGAGCCACCAGGGAACUCCUUAAAGUGUUUUACAGUAAUUUAUUUUUCCCUUGUUUCACACUAAAUUUAUACAAUCCAAGAUUUCAGUCUUACAAGGUCUCAAAUUCUCAAGUCUUGAAUACUUCAGAGAUAAAUUCUGAAAAUAUAGUUCCAUAUGUGUAAAAUAUUAAUGAAAUUGUCAAA